AUGGCGGCCAAAACGAAAGCAAGUAAGCAAAUUAAAGCGAGAAAUACUACUUCGAAACAAACAAAAAACAAGGUAUGGAGUGAAGACGAAGUUAUCACAUAUGCAAACGUGCUUUGUUCAACAGAUAACGCAGAGCGGUCGUGGUUAUACCAGAUCGAGAAUUAUGCAUUAAAAAAGUCUGCAAACGAAGAGUUGUUUCGACGUAUAAAAGAGGACUUUGAUAUUACGAUGCGUUACGAUUCCGGUGAUGAAACAUUUACCAUUGAACAAUUACGUGCAAAGUUCAAGUGGUUCAAAAAACAAUGGAGAAUAAUUGAUUCCAAGAUAAAGAAUGGAACUGGCCUAGGAGGAAAGGACACAGCUGUACCAACCUGGUACGAUAUCAUGAAUCCUCAUUUUUGCGAAGCAGUUGACGACAUGACAUCAGUUUCCAGCAAAGCAAGUGAUGUAGAUACCACCUUUGAUUCCACUGAUUCAGAAAACCACUUUAAUCCUGAAUCAAGUGACGAAAGCGAUUCUUUGAGUGAAAGCGAUCCUUUGAGUCGAGCUUUGAGUGACAAGAAAAGGUAUAAAUCAGCGGGUAGAAAGCGGACCCUAAGUACAUCAUCUAAAGGGCAAAGUGCUGGUGAGUCUGAGACUAUCACAGACAAAAUUGAGGUAGAACAAGGCGAAAAAAACACAGACAAAAGUGAGAAAAAAAGCCCUACAAAAAAGACAAAAAUUAGAGUACAUCCCAAGAAAUUAUUUUCAAAGCCAAGUUCGCAAAGCGAAGCCAUGGUACAAGUAGCAAAGAGCAUUGAAUCAAGUACUAAAGAGCAAGAGAAAAAUAAGAUGAGCGAUUAAAGAUUUUAUUAGACGCAGAAAGAAAGAGGGAUGAACUAUUUUAUGCACACCAAAGAGAACAAGCAGAGGCAAACAGGAGACAUGAGAUCUUUUGGCUCAACUACUUACAAGAGGAUCAUCAACUCCAUAUCAACCACGUGCACAGGUCCAAAAUAUCUUCAGAUGGCCCACUCUUUCAAUACUCCUGUAAGUUAUGGUUAUAGCCUAGCAGGAAAUCAGCAACCUGACUCACAUGGUUCAAUUAACAUACCUAAUUCUUCUGCUACAUCUAUGCUUGGGGACAAUGACUC